ACGCAAUGCUCCGGAGGAUGGACAAGAUGGAGGAAAACUUCAACAGGCUGCUCAAUCUGAUGGAGAAAUAUGAGCAGAAGGAACAGGAGGCUGCGAUGAAGCCACAGGUGCAGAAGAAGAAGGUGAGAAAGCUGUACCCAAACUCUUCUCUGUUCAACAAGUGGGGCGACGGUUUGUCAGAGGAGGAGCAGGAAGAGGCAGAGAGAUUAUUUCAGAGGUACGGCUACAACGCCUUCCUCAGUGACCAGCUGCCACUCAACAGAGAGAUUCCUGACACCAGGCCUCCCAGAUGUGCAGAGAAAAGGUAUCCAGAGGACCUCCCCUCCCUCAGCGUCGUGAUCAUCUACCUGGAUGAAGCUCUGUCCAUCAUCAAGCGGGCCGUCCGCAGCAUCAUGGACAAGACGCCUGCUCGGCUGCUGCAGGAGAUCAUCCUGGUGGACGAUCACAGCACCAACGGCAUGUUCAAGGAUUUAAUGGAGAAACUGGACGAAUACAUAAACUCCAUCCAUGAGGAGCGUCCAGGCCUGAUCAAGAAGGUGCGGCACUCGGAGCAGCUCGGUCUCACUCAGGCCAGACUGUCCGGGUGGAAGACGGCUGUAGGAGACGUGGUGGCCAUCUUGGAUGCUCACAUAGAAGUCCAUGUGCAAUGGGCGGAGCCUCUGUUGGCUCGGAUCAAGGAGGACCGCACCGUGAUACUGACACCAGUUUUUGACAAAGUCAGCUAUGAUGACUUGACUCUCGUUCCCUACUCCACUAACGCUCAUGGCUUUGACUGGGCCCUGUGGUGCAUGUAUGAGGUCUUCAGACCUGAAUGGUACGCCUUGAAGGACGAGUCACAACCCGGCAAGAGCCCCUCCAUCAUGGGGAUCCUCGUUGCUGAUCGCAAGUUCUUCGGAGAGAUCGGAAGUCUGGACAGUGGAAUGAAGAUUUACGGAGGUGAAAAUGUAGAACUCGGCAUCCGGGUGUGGCUGUGUGGAGGCAGCAUAGAGGUGAUCCCUUGCUCUAAAAUAGCUCACAUUGAACGAUUCAAAAAGCCUUACGCGCCUGACCUGGCAACCACCGUGAGACGAAACGCGCUGCGGGUGGCCGAGGUGUGGCUGGAUGACUACAAACGCAACGUGGAAAUCGCAUGGAACCUUCCCGUCGGGAAUCAUGGGAUAGACAUUGGAAACGUGUCCGAGAGGAAGAAGCUGAGAGAGAGGCUCAAGUGUCGGCCUUUUCAGUGGUAUCUAGAUAAUGUCUACCCCCAGCUAAAACCACUGCAGAACCUGCUUGGGUAUGGAGCUCUGAUUAACGACCUGCAGCCAGAAGUGUGUGUGGAUCGAGGCCCGAUGCCUGUAUACACACCCAUUGUAUACAGAUGCCACUCCUUCUCCAGUCAGCACUGUUUUUAUUUUACUGAUGGAGAACUAUACAUCGGCGGAAUCAAAUCUCAUAAACACAGCAGCGACGACUGUCUGGUGGACCCCGGGUCGGGCGUCUUGCCGAGACUUCAAAAGUGCAAUAUGGCCCAGCAGAAGAGACUUCACAUGUUGUGGGAUUUUAAACAGGGAGGACCUAUCCAGAACAGGGUGACCAGGAGAUGUUUAGAAAUGACGAUGGGUGAGAACGGCUUUUUAAAGCUGGUUGUUCAGCGGUGCAGCGGUCAGAAGUGGAAGAUACAACACGUCAUGGACACCACUGCACACUGAGUCGAACAAAUCGACUGC